GAUACGGUACUUAUACAGCCAAGUUUCACAAAACUGAUGGCCUUUUGAAGGUGAAUAAAUUUAGUUUCCAUCUCCUACGAAAGCAGUGAGAUUGAAAAUCUUUCAGUUCUGGAGCCGAUGAAACAGACUCGAGCCGCACUGUUGCAAACUUGCAUGGUUUCUCUCCCAGUGGAGUGCCCCUCCCGAGCUGGCGAGGGCAAUAUUUAAAAGCCGUGGAUUGUACCUCCCAUUUCUGAAUCGAGCUCAAGGAAGGGGUUGUGGAUAUCAGAGUCUUCUGACGGCUGCGGUGGCGGCUGCUGCAGUCGCAGCAUUUUUAGUCGGGUGAGAAUCGCCUCCCCUUUAAAGUUUCGGCUAUUGAGACCUACCUUGGUUUACUGGCUAUCAGAGGAGGAAGCUGAUCCUGUUUAAACAUACGCUGGCUGGAAGCCUGUUUUUUGCUGCUUAAGUGAGGACUUGGCAGGGUGGCCAACAAAAUGGAUGAGCAAAAGGAGAUUACGAGGUGGAAAUCCUUUCGUGCAAUGACCAGACCCAUUUUGCAGAAUAUGAAGGGCAAGAUGUCAAGCAAAGGGAAAGCAGGAAAACAGCGGCACCUCUUGGACCAGCGGAUGAGCGUAUCAGAACCAGACAUGCUACAAGUGGGCAAGAACUUUAGUGAGAGCUGCCCACGUGCGGUCAUCCAGUCUCCCGCUGUCAAUUACUACAGCAGCCCAUCCACCCCAGUCAAGAAAAUGGGUGAAAGUAAUGAACUGUCUGCUCUCCAAGAAGCUGCAGUAGCAACAGGAGAGACUUGUCAGUCAACAAAUACCAGCACUGGGAAUGAAACUUUUGGAUCAUCCACGAUUGUAAAGGAAUCCAAUGGAAAUAACAUGGAUACCACACUGGAGAAGAACUUUGCGGAUGAUGCAAAAGAAGGAAACUUUGUUGAGGAACUUAGUGAAGGUACUGACCUGGAGUCUUCACAAAGUUCAAUGUUCUUCGAGGAACAGGUCUCAGAACAAUAUGAAGGGAAAAGUGGCGAUCUGUCAUCAUUCCGUAUUCCCUCAUACCUCCUGACGAUUCAUCUGAAGGAAGGAAGGAACCUUGUGAUCCGGGACCGCUGUGGUACAAGCGAUCCAUACGUCAAGUUUAAACUCGCUGGGAAGACUUUGUACAAGAGCAAGAUUGUUUAUAAGAACUUAAACCCUCGAUGGGAUGAAACAUUUGUAGUUCCAGUCAAGAACUUAAAUCAAAAGCUUUAUGUCAAGGUGUAUGACCGAGACUUGGCCACAGAUGAUUUCAUGGGCUCUGCGUAUCUCAGUCUGAAUGAUCUUGAAAUAAACAGUGUCGUGCAGAAGGAGUUGCAGCUUGAUGAUCCUAAUAGCUUGGAGGACUACAUGGGGGAAAUUGUCCUGGAGAUAAAGCUGAUCAAUAAGCCAAGAGAAAGCAUCAAAAAACCUAAUCAAGUCAGGAAGAAGCGGGGAACAUCCACAAAGGCUAACUUUAUCCAGAGCAUCUGCUUGUCCGAUUCCCUUCGGAAGGGCCAGCUGUGGAAUGAGAUUGUCGGCAUUACCCUCUUUGAGGGGAAGGGUCUGCAGGAGAAGGCAGCUGAAGAACUUUACGUUAGGUUCAGACUGGGGGAUGAAAAGUACACAAGCAAGGCCUUGUAUAAGUCUGCAGCCCUUCAAUGGAGAGAGAGGUUUCAUCUGCAUCUAUUCAAUGACAGAACGAGUAUUUUGGAAGUUGAAGUCUGUGGGAAGGACAGGAUGAAGCAGGAAGAAAGCUAUGGCGUAUGCAGGGUUGACCUUUUGACGUUACCCAAGGAACAGAAAAGCCACUUGGAGCUCACGUUGGAGAAUGGACAAGGAUCAGUGGUUUUACAGAUCACAUUUGCAGCUUGCAGUGGAGUCUCCAUCUCUGACCCCUGUGUCAGCCUGUUGAACGAUCCGACUGAGAGACAGCAGAUAUUUCAGAGAUAUAAUCUGCGAAACACUUUCCGGGAAAUGAGUGACAUUGGCUUUCUUCAAGUUCAGGUGAUCAAAGCCUGUAACCUACCGGCUGCCGAUUUUGCAGGAAAAAGUGAUCCAUUUUGUGUUCUGGAGCUGGGAAACGAUCGACUACAAACACAUACCAUCUACAAGAAUCUAAAUCCUGAAUGGAACAAAGUUUUCUCAUUUAAUAUUAGGGAUAUCCACGAUGUCCUGGAAGUUACGGUCUACGAUGAAGAUGGGGACAAACCACCGGAUUUCCUCGGCAAAGUCGCAAUACCUUUGCUCUCUGUCAAGAGUGGUCACAAGACUGGAUAUGUACUGAAGAACAGAAAGCUGGGACAACCAGAAAAGGGAGUUCUUUACUUGCAGAUGGACAUUAUAUUUAACCCGAUUAAAGCAAGCCUCAGAACUUUUAAACCAAAGGAAUCAAGGAAAUUAGAAGAAAACCCUAAAUUUUCAAAAAAGGUAUUAACCAGGAAUCUUAGACGAGUCCGGAAUAUCACCAGGACCUUAUGGAGCACAGUCUGUUAUGUUCAGAGCUGUUUUGAGUGGGAAUCUGCUCAGAGAAGUUUAAUAGCCUUUAUGCUGUAUUUGGUGAUUGUCUGGACGUUUGAGAUCUACAUGCUCCCACUUGCACUCUUGAUGAUUUUUGCCUGGAACUACAUUCAGAUCGCCAGAGGGAAGGUUGUCAGCCAGCAAUACAUGGAAGAUGAAGAUGUGGACGUUGAUGAUGACGAUGAGGAUGAUGAGAAGGACUCUGAAAGAAGAGGAUUAAUGGGCAAGAUUCACAAGGUUCAAGAUAUUGUCAUUAGUGUUCAGAACAUCCUGGAUGAAAUAGCAUCGUUUGGUGAAAGAAUUAAAAACACAUUCAACUGGUCGGUCCCGUUCCUGGCCAAGCUGGGCUGCAUCGUGCUUGUGGUUUGCACAGUCGUGUUGUAUUUUGUCCCACUGAGGUACCUCUUGCUGAUCUGGGGCAUACACAAAUUCACUAAGAAGCUAAGAAAUCCAUACAGCAUUGAUAAUAAUGAGCUACUUGACUUCCUCUCCAGAGUUCCAUCAGAUGUCCAAAAGGUGCAGCAUGCAGAGCUGAAACUGAGCAAUGGACUCGCUCCUGUUAGGAAGAAGAAAGGCAAUUCAUAGAUUAUGGAGCAGAUGGACUGGUGCUGCUUUGAUUGUUUGGCUGAGAGCAACGUCAAGAGUUCCCACUUCAGACUGUCCACUUUACAAUUUUGCUGUAUGUGGGUAUGAACAUCCAUUUAAUCAGCCGAAGUAUAAAAAAGUGGCUUUUGUAGAGCAUUCAAUGGAAAUAUGUGCAAUAUUUUGAAUUUAUUUGAAUAUAAACUGGAUCAAUUUAUGGUCUCUUGCAAUAUUUUGAUUUUCCUGUUUGUGCUUUCCUCAUUUCUGGAAGAGUGGGGGUAGGCAGAUGUCCUUGUAGUUUCUGAUGGAACGCCCACUUUUUGUUGUCCAUGGGAGGUUUAUUCUAUUAAAUUAAUCGAAUUCUGUGGAGAAUGAAGCACCUUCAAUCCAUCACAAUACUGGUCAGGUGGAGAGAGCAAACUCUACCUCCUGUGAUGUUUGUGUUUAUCUGCUUUCCCUAAGUUCUUUUCAGCAUCUGCCCACCUCGUCCUUUUGCAUCUAUGGGGUAAAAUUUGUCUGGAAGCAUUUUUAUCCUCUGCCCGUUUUCCUCCUCCAAAUAGAUUAUCAAGUUAUUAAUCACCAUUGUGCUGCUGCAGGACAUCUGGUUUGUCCUGCUUUCCAAAUCCUUGCCUUAAUUCCCUUCCUUGCUUUUAUCCUUUGGAGAUUAUGUGCUCAAAACUUUGCUAACCAAGAAUCUUCGAUCAAAGAUGGAGACUGAAUAGAUAGUUUCACUUUAAGUUACAAUGUUUAUUCAUUUAUUGGAAUUUUCUACAUUAAUGGUGAGAUAUUAAAUGUUGGAUUAUGCCUUGCAUGCUUGAAAAUUUGAUCACUAUCAAGCUUCGCUCAGCAUCUUUGAUGAAUAAAUAAGCACAGGUAUCGUGACAGUGCAUGGCUCUGAUGCCAUCGUGUCCCACAGCUACACAAGACUAACAGACUUUCAGAACUUGUAUGCAUGCUUCAUGGGGUUGUAUCAUUGGAAUCACUGGAUCGGAGUGAAAAUGUUUCCUAAAAAGUAUCAACAAGGAUUUGCAAGCAAGCCUCAACGGUCAACACAUUGAUGACAGCACAAAUUAAUUUCUUUGCUUGCUCAGCAUCAUAUGAAGCUCCAUCAACUUUGAGAGGGAUUGCACUACAUUGCAUUUCUCAGACCAAGAAUAUAGCCAUCAGAUUUCAUUCCUGUGUUACUUGUUAAUUUUCUUAAAGCUACUGUGUUUCAUUCUACAGGUCAACAGCUAAUUUUGUUACCUAACAAAAUUUUAAAUGCGUUGUUUCCAGCCACUGUAUCAGAUGUCAAUGUGGUCUUGAUAUGAAACUGUUUUGAUGUCCUUCUUAAAAGGAUUUCUGCCUUGUUUUUCUAAAUGGAUUGUUUGCCCAGGAUUUGUAAAUCUGAGAAAAAGGAGUUGAAGUGGCAAGCAGCUCUUCACUCAUGAUUUACAAGUUAUUUAUUUGCAAGUUAAACAUUUUUGCUCCAGAGUCCUUUAAGUGUCUGAAAAUUUGUUUUUUCCCCUGUUAUGCAAGCACUUAUAAGAGGGCUUACUCGCUCUGAUAAUAAAUGGAAAAGGAAAUGUUUCUAAAAGGAUUGGUGGGAACUAUGGAAAGGAGCAGGUGCUGCAACUCUAGUGGCUGCGUGGAACCGUACCGUACUGUGGGAAGUGAAUGAUGCAGAUGGAAGAACAGACUAGGGAGUAUGAAAAGAAGGUGUGGACUGGGGUAACUUCAUCCGUGCUUUACUUUGGAGGGGAGGUGGUGAAGGGUACAGGAAAAAAGAUGAGAUGCUGUUGAAAGCUCCAUCUACCACUGUGAGAGAGAAACCAAGGUUAAGAAAUGAUCUAAUACACUCACUGGAGUUUUGAUAUCCACAAUAUAGGGCACUAAUCAAUUAAAGCGAUAAGUAUCCUCCCAAUCAUACCUCCCGUCCCACCUCCUCCAAGGUCCACAUUACAUUCUCCCAGUUCUACUCUCUCUAUGAUAUGAUGACAAGACUUUUUGCACAGCUACAUCUGAGAUAUCUCCCAUUUUACUUAAACUUGGCCUCCCUCCCACUAUAAUGGAGGACACCUUAUCUUUUUUCCUGUCACUCUCAUCCCCUCCAAACAGAGUAAGGACAGAGUUAGCCCAGUCCUCACCUUCCCUUUGUGGCUUCCUAGUCUGUUCUUCGAUCACCAUCAUUCAAAAUUGGCUCCAACUUUAAUGUUCCAUCGCUUUCCCUUGCUGAUCUAUGAUCUUGUAUCCUUCUGUAUUGUCCAAACAUAAGCUUGAGGAACAUCUUCCAGCCAGACACAUUUUGGCCUUCAGGAACAGAUAAUCAAUUUAAUAAUUUCUGGUAAAUUUCUUUCGCUGUUUGUACUUAAGUGACCAUCUCUGCCCUAGGGUGGCUCGUCUGCAAUAUUCUCUCUCCACAAACACUAACUGAUCUGCUGGGCAUUUCCAGCAUUUCCUUUUUGCUUUCUGGUUCCAGCAACAUCUGUAACCUAUAUUUUAAAUCUUCAACAUCCCCCUCCCCCCCAUUUGCAUCUUUUCUCUGCAACUGUCCUUGUGAAUUUACCAACCAGCUUGUCCUGUAGACAUUGGAACCACCAUGGCCUCCUGUUAGCAGAGAAAUUCUAACAAUUCCUUCCUCCACAUUUUCUGCAAUUGAAUAACUCACUUCCCACAAUUCCAAAAACAGCCUUCAGCCUGAAACAUUAAUUUAGUGUUUCCUUCCACAGAUGCUGCCUGACUGUCUGAAAGUUCACAGCAUUUUGUUUGCAUUUCAGGUUUUCAACAUCUGCAUUUUUGUUUGCUUUUCGAUUAUUGAUUCUAACAUCGACUUGCAGGAAACUGAAUCGGAAGGGAAUGGGAGGGGAGGUUGAAUAGUGGAGCAAUCAAUUAAAAUGAGGGCAAUCACUUGUAACCUGCCACAUCCCAAUAUAAACAGUCUGGUAUAAGCAACUGAACACGGUACAAAAAGCAAAGCAGGUAAGCUUCUGGUUUCUACAGAUCAUGUACCGUGCAAUGGCAUAGGAUUUGAGGUAACUUAAGCCAUUCCUAUUGUGUCGGGCAUUGGUGGUGUUGCGCUUCGCUUUCAGCAGCUGCAAGUGCUGCUGGGAAAUUCCCCAUUCCUGUUCCAAAUUACAAAACAUGGAAAAAAAGUGGCUUUGAUAUAAGAGUUGUUGUGAUGUGUCCACAAAUUCAGCAUUGCACAUUGCACUGCACAUGACCACUAGGGCAUCUCCAGUGCUGCAAAAUCAAUUUCUACAGUUGGAAGACUUAGUCUCAGGAAAGGACAACCAUUUUGUACUGGAAUACCAGGAAUUCUCUUUAUUAAGAGAGUUGGUAAUCUUAGGAAUUCACUCCCUCCCCAUCACUUCAGAAAGCUGUGGAUGCUGAAAAGUUGAGAUCUUUGGAUUGCUGAGGGGAUCGAGAGGUACGGUGACAAAUGGGAAGAUGGGCAAGGUUAAGGUAAGCCAUUUUCUCAUUGAAAGAUAGAUUAGGCUUGAGGGGUAGAAGGAUCUGCUUCUGUUUCUUAUUAUAGAAACUGCUGGUAAGGGAGAAGUAAUCCUUUACCUUUCUUAGCAGAUUCUACCUGUGAAGGUGAGACCAGAUUAAUAGAAGUUCCAAGUCCACAAUUUGUGUCAUAUUUGAGGGGAUAGCUUUAAAUGUCCCAUUGGUGAGCCUGUGCUGAACUAUUUUGUACUAAUGUCUUAACAUCAGAAAUAUAUGGCAACAAAAGAAUCAUUAGCUGUUUUGGUUUAUCGUGAAGCGUACACUUUUAAACAAAAACACACAAUCUAUAAACUAUAGAAGAAGAAGAAAGCCCUUAACUCCGAGUGGAGUCAUCGGGAUGCCAUCAUGAUGGCAUUUUUUUUUUAAGCAGGCUUUCUUAUUUUUACGCGGCCGAGUUGCUAGCUCGAUGCUCAACCCAGCACGGAUGGAAAGCGUGCAAGGGGGCCAGCUGGAUUCGAACUCAGGAGCCUUCGCUCCGAAGCCCAGCGCUGAUGCCACUACACCAGCAGCCGGCUAAUUGAUAAACUAUAGACACAAGAAAUUCUGCAGAUGCUGGAAAUCCAAAGCAGCACACACAAAGUGCUGGAGAAAUUCAUCAAGUCAGGCAGCAUCCAUGGAAAUUACAAACUAUGAUAAAAGCAGAAUGCUGGUGAUGCUAUAGAUAAACAUUUCUUCAGAAAGAUACUUAAUGAUAGGCUUUCUGUGAGUACCGUUUGAUGUCAUUCAUAUAACUUGAACUGCUUUGCACACAACGAGCUGUUUUAAAUCUCUGAUUGCUUUUUUUUGCGAAAAGCAUGGUAGCCAUUGUCAUACAUGCAAACCCAUCAGAAGCAACGUCACUGCUAAUUCAUUUCCUGGUAUUCUGUUAGUGGAAGUGGAAAUAAAUUACUUACACAAUGCAGAAAAGAAACACUUAGCAUUGUACAUUUCUUUUCUUUAAAUUAUUUAUUAGGGGAAAUUUGAAUCAUGUACGGCUGUGGAAUUGCUAACUGUAAAACCUGUAGCAACCUAUUGUAAAAAUUAUAGUGUGGAUAAUUUGCUCUCAUCCUUUUUACAAUCUUUUUCAAUAAUUCAGUAUUCACAUGGGUAACCAAAUGUUUGAAAUGCAUGUUGUAAUGAACGAUUGUGAAAUUUAUAAUGAAUGAAAAAUUUGUACAAACAAUAAAAGGGAAUUUUAUUUUUAAUAUUAUUGCAGAUGAUCUAAUUAAACUUUUAUCAUCAUCGUCCUUCACUCAGCUUCCUGCUUCCCCUUGUCUGGGUCAUUUCAGCACAGUCAACGUUCCCUUUCUGAACAUGUCAUGGAUUCCUUGGCAAUCUCCAACAUUGAGUCCAUUGAGAAAGCAUCCCUCCAUUCUUAACCCUUUCUUUUCCUGUGAGGGGAAUGAGGAAAGGAGAUUAAUUUUUACUAUCUAUUCUCCUGAUAAUUUGCAAACAUUUUGGA